AUCUGGCACCCGAGGGGUUGCGUAAGCAGAGGAGUGAGCUGUGCUUCCCAGACUCCCCGUCUUCCACAGCUUGUCUCCCAUCCUUCCCACCUUGGUCCUUGUCACUUUCCUGACUCGCAAGAACUGGUUUCCAUGAUGCCUGAUAUCUGGGGACGGCAGGUUAGAGGUGAGGUAGCUGCAGACAAGUUACAAGAGCCCGUGGAGGACAGAUCCGUCUCUCCAGGAAACGGUGAAACACCCUGGGCUUCUGUCACAUGAUGGGCCCUGACACCCUGUGCCCCUCCCACCUCAAUAAAGUCCCUGCCAGAGCUCAGAGAGCCUGAGUCACUCCACAGGACGCCAGACGGCAGGGAGAGGACCCCAGCUCAUAGUAAGUUGGGGUUUAACAAUUUAAGAAUCAUUGUCUGCAGGCCUGUUCAUGACAGGUAGCUCCUCAACCAAGAGCAGAGCAGUAUCAGACCCUCCUGCAGCAGAGGGCUCCAAGCUCUCUCCUGGAGUGUGCAGAGGGCAAAACGUGCUCGCGAUAUUCAGAGGCAGAAUGUUAAAAAAAAUUGCUUUUCUUUAAUUUAUUUACUCUUUUUUACUUUUUGAGACAGGGUCUCACUAAGGUUCCUCCAACUCAGGAUCCUCCUGCCUCAACCCCCGAGUAGCUGGGAUUACAGGUGUGGGCGAGAUGGACCCCAACUUCUCCUUUCCUCAGAACGGAUCUGAAGAGUCGUCCUAUGAGUCCCCUGGCUACACGGUUCUGGAGAUAAUCCCGCUGGUGGUACUCGCCGUCACCUUUGUCCUCGGUGUGCUGGGCAACGGGCUGGUCAUCUGGGUGGCCGGCUUCCGCAUGACGCACACGGUCACCACCAUCUGCUACCUGAACCUGGCCUUGGCCGACUUCUCCUUCACGGCCACCCUGCCGUUCCUCAUCGUCUCCAUGGCCAUGAGGGAAAAAUGGCCUUUCGGCUGGUUCCUCUGCAAGUUGGUUCACAUCGUGGUGGACAUUAACCUGUUCGGGAGCGUCUUCCUGAUUGCCCUCAUUGCUCUGGACCGCUGCAUCUGUGUCCUGCACCCGGUCUGGGCCCAGAACCACCGCACCGUGAGUCUGGCCAAGAAGGUGAUCGUCGCACCCUGGAUUCUAGCCCUCGUUCUCACGUUGCCGGUUUUCAUCUUCUUGACUACAGUCAGCGAUCCCACAGGGAACGUGUACUGCACCUUCAACUUUAGGUCCUGGGGUGCCACCCUUGAAGAGAGGCUGAAUGUGGCCAUCACCAUGCUGACCAUGAGAGGGAUCAUCCGGUUCAUCAUAGGCUUCAGCAUGCCCAUGUCCAUCGUCGCCGUCUGCUACGGGCUCAUUGCUGCCAAGAUCCGCAGGAAGGGCCUGAUCCACUCCAGCCGCCCCCUGCGGGUCCUCACUGCCGUGGUGGCCUCCUUCUUCAUCUGCUGGUUCCCCUUCCAGCUGGUGGCCCUCCUCAGCACGGUCUGGCUCCAGGAGAUGCUGUUCCAGGGGCUUGCAGUCUUCUUGGUAAAGUAA